AUGGACGCAUUGGACGGAGUAUCGCCGAAGAAGGUCUUCAAACCCUAUUGGAGAAUGACACUCGCCAAAUCGUCGUGUUGGAAAAGGCCAGAACCGACGCCGGCCGUUGUAGCCGAACCGUAUCGGAAACCGAUGCUCGCAAAGCCGUCGUGCUGGAAUCCGCCACCGACGCCGACCGUUGUAGCCAAACCGUAUUGGAGAGUGACGCUCGCAAAGUCGUCGUGCUGGAAGCGGCCGGAACAGACACCGACCGUUGUAGCAGAACCAAUUCGGAGAUCGAUGCUCUCAAAGUCGUCGCCUCCGUGGUGGAAUCCGCCACCGACGCCGGCCGUUGUAGCCAAACGGUAUUGGAGACCGACGCUUGCAAGGUCGUUGUGGUGGAGACGGCCACCGCCGCCUCUUGUCGCCCAAGCAGCUUAG